GAGGACAUGAGUAUGCAGUAUGGAAUUUCCAUGUCUUACAACAAAGCUUGGAAAGCACAGAAGAAAGCAAUGCAGCUGCAAUUUGGUUCUGAUCUUGAAUCCUAUCAGCUUUUGCCUUCAAUGGCUUAUGUGCUUGAGAAAACAAAUCCUGGCUCUAUGUUUAAUCUAGUCACAGGGAAGGAUGAUGCAUUUUCUACCUUUUUUAUGUCAUUCAAACCAUGGAUAGAAGCUUGGCCCUACUGCAGACCUGUUCUUAUAUUGGAUGGUUCUUUCAUGAAGGCUUACUAUAAAGGCACUCUCCUUACAGCUUGUUGCCAAGAUGCCAAUGAUCACAUAGUUCCUAUUGCAUUUGGUAUUUGUGGUUCUGAAACUAAAGCUUCUUGGAAAUGGUUCUUAUCCAAAGUUUGUCAAUCAAUAAAGUACAGACAUGACCUGUACGUAGUAUCUGAUAGGCAUAAAGGGCUUAUCAAGGCCGUUUCUGAACUCUUGCCACAUGCUAGCCACGGUUUUUGUGUUGCUCAUCUUGGUCGUAACAUAACAUCAAAAUUCAGAGGAUCUGCAGCUGGUUUGGGAUGGAAGUUCAAAGCUGCCUAUAUGGCAGCAACUAUGAAAGAAUAUGAUGACUACUUAUCCAUGUUGGAUUCUGAAGACCCCAGGAUAAGGACUUGGCUAGACAAAUUAGGUGCUAACACAUGGUCAAAAGUAAUGUCUGGCCCAAAGAGAUAUAAUAUUAUGACAUCAAAUUGUGCUGAGUCUAUGAACAAAGUCAAUGUCUGUGCUAGAGAGUAUUCUGUGUCUAAACUUGUUGAUUUCUUGCGUGAAAGGAUGCAGCAAUGGUUCACAGAGAGGAAAGAUAAAGCUGAGAAAACAAGUACUAUACUCACAAAGAAAUGUGAGAAACGCCUGGUAGCUUUGCAAGCUGAAUCCACACGUAUGAAGGUUAAACCAUCAUGUGCAUAUGAAUUUGAAGUUGUUGACAGUAGAUGCAAGUCCUUUGUGGUAAACCUCAACUCUAGAAGUUGUACAUGCGGCCACUUUCAAUUAGAUCAAUUUGUGUGUGUUCAUGCUGUGGCUGCAAUCGGUAUACGCCCACACCUUUCAUGUUAUACGUACA